CUAUUCUAAUCCAUUUCAAUUUCGAUUUCAAUUCUCAUUCUGGUCGCUUGCCAAUGACAUUUUACAUGCAAACGAGUACGCAAGAAUGGAUCUAAAUGGCUAAAUCAUAUUAUUCCAGAUUCCCAUUUUAGCAAACCAAAUAUCACCUCGCUAUAAAGCAGAUGUUCUCGUGGGAAUGGUUUUAAGUAAACCCGGUGCGGUCCAAAGCCAGCGGUCAAGAAAUUCCUCUCUGCCGAGGGUGCGCUAAAAUCUAGCACAUUUUUACAGCGCCGAGCUCGGAGGCCCCGGGAGCCACACGCACUCGCAAUAUUUUGUGGCGCCGUGCUUCUUUCUCGAUCCCAAUGACAGACCAUUCAGUAUGCAGUUCCAAUACUCACCGCCGACACUGCAAAACUCCUGUGGCGGCACGCAGUCUCUCCUCCCAAGAAUCAACUAAUCGUGCCAAUCUAUGCCCGCUAUCCAAAAGCAGCAAGAAUGGAGAUAAUAAAGUUGGACAUUUUGCCCCCUUCUCAAGUCCAUCAGAUCCUGCUACAAUUGAUGAAAAGGAUGGAACUGUCCCACUUUCAGGAAAGCCCUAUUUUGCAUGCGUUAUGACAAAGUCUCAAGUGCAGGCCCCCUUUCAAAUGACGAUUCCAAAGAAUUUCUGGACGCUACUUCCAUCUGCCUGCAUUCCUGCAGUCCUCUGUUACCGAAACAAGACCUGGGAGAUGAGAUACUACGGUGAUCGAAACUUGAAAAGAUUUGAUAGUGGAUGGAAACAUUUUGCAGUCGACAACAAUCUAAAGGUUGGAGAUGCUUGCGUUCUUGAACUAAUGGACGAUAAGAACUUGAAGUUUCAAGUUCGAAUUCUCCGAGGAGACAUCCCAAGAGAAAUUGCUGAAAGUGGCUGCAGUUCUGACACUCCUAUCAUGAUUGAAUAGGAUCGUUAGCUUGAAAAUAUGCAAGUCUUGGAUAUCAGGUGCUACAGUCGUGUGCUUGUAAAUAAAACGCAUGUGUUUUGGAUCUCCUUACUUAUAAAAAGAUCUUAUAUUUAUGUGCUUCGUUUUAUUGCUCA